GUUGCCUACUUUCCCUUGACCCAAAACUAUUCCGGAAAUGACGUCGUGUCGUCGCCGUCUGGGUCGUUGGCUGCUUCCAGAGAAGAUGGCAGCUGUUGACAUCGACAUGCCGGUAGAGACGGAUUCCCAAAUCCGCAGCCAAGAUGACCUGGAACGUCAGGCGGAAAUUUUCAAAGAGCAAGGAAACGCAUACUACAGCAAGAAAGAUUACUCUGCAGCUUUCAACUAUUACACGAAGGCCAUUGAUGCAAGUCCCAAAAAUGCCAGUUACUACGGCAACAGAGCGGCCACCCUCAUGAUGCUUUGUCGUUUCCGGGAAGCUCUUGAAGAUUCCCAGCAGGCUGUGCGUCUGGAUGACGGUUUCAUGAAGGGUCAUCUGCGUGAAGGAAAGUGCCACUUGUCUCUGGGAAACGCCAUGGCGGCGGCGCGCUGCUUCCAGAGGGUUCUGGAGCUGGAGCCCAGCAACAAAGAGGCUCAGCAGGAGAAAAAGAAUGCGACGACUCUGCUGGAGUAUGAGCGGAUGGCAGACUUCAGCUUUGAAAAGCGAGACUUCAGAAAGGUGGUGUACUGUAUGGACCGGGCCAUCGCUUUGGCACCGACCUGCCAACGCUUUAAAAUCCUGAAAGCAGAGUGUCUUGCUUUGUUGGGCCGCUAUCCAGAGGCUCAGUCUGUGGCCAGUGACAUCCUGAGGAUGGACGCCACCAACGCCGACGCGCUGUACGUCCGAGGCCUUUGUCUCUACUACGAGGACUGCAUCGACAAAGCGGUGCAGUUCUUCGUUCAGGCUCUGCGAAUGGCGCCGGAUCACGAGAAAGCUCGCUUGGCCUGCAGGAACGCCAAAGCUCUAAAGGCCAAGAAAGAGGAAGGCAACCACGUAUUCAAGAACUGCAGCUACGACGCCGCCUACCAGCUGUACACCGAGGCUCUGGCCAUCGACCCCAACAACAUCAAAACCAACGCCAAACUCUACUGUAACAGAGCCACGGCGGGGGCAAAGCUGAAGAAAUUCGAUCAAGCCAUUGAAGAUUGCACCAACGCCAUCAAACUAGACGACACCUACAUCAAAGCCUACCUAAGAAGAGCUCAGUGUUACAUGGACACGGAGCUGUACGAAGAGGCUGUUCGGGAUUAUGAAAAGGUCUACCAGACGGAGAAAACCUCAGAGCACAAACAGCUGCUAAAAAAUGCACAGAUGGAGCUGAAGAAGAGUAAAAGAAAAGAUUAUUAUAAGGUGUUGGGAGUCGGCAAGAACGCCACCGAGGAUGAAAUCAAGAAAGCUUAUCGCAAGCGAGCUCUGAUGCAUCAUCCAGACCGCCACAGUUCUGCCACCCCGGAGGUGCAGAAGGAAGAGGAGAAGAAGUUUAAGGAGGUGGGCGAGGCCUUCACCAUCCUCUCCGACCCCAAGAAGAAGAUGCGUUACGACAGCGGACACGACCUAGAAGACGACGGCUGCUUUGACGGUGGAGAUUUUGAUGCAAACAACAUUUUCAGGGCUUUCUUUGGUGGCCGCGGUGGAGGAUUUAGCUUUGAUUCCAGUCCAGAUUCUCAACCCGGAAACUUCUUUUUCCAGUUCGGCUAAUAGAAAAGAGCGUGCGGCGAAAAAGCAGACCUGCUGUGAACAAGUCGGACCCGGUCACUCGCCACUUCAGUGUGUGGAAAACUUGGCUUUUAUUUUUAUAUGAGUUUUUGAUAAUUACAUUCAAUUGACUUCCUGGCGUCGAUGCCGAGACUGGAAAAGUGAUUAAACUGGAUCAUAAUUUAACAAAUCCUUUUUUUUUUUUUUUUUUAUCUGCUGAAGAUGGCAUGACACGACUGCCAAACUGACUUUCUAUAGAUAUAACCUUAUAGGACUGACGGCCUUUAUGAAACUGGUCAGUGAUAAUAGAUAUGACGGCAUGUUAGCUGAUUAUUUUGACAUAAAGUUUCUCAUAAGAAAGCAUGGCUUUAGAGAUUAUUAAUAACUGAAAUCUCUGAAACGUUCAGGACAGAUUUUGAAUUUUUAUUUCCUUUUUGCCAUUAUUUUACUCUGCAGGGGGAGUUCCUAGUCCAUGCCACUUUGUAUAUUUGACUCGAAUGUACAUUAUGUGUCCCUCACCUUUUCCUAUCUUUAAUUAUAUUUAUUGUACUGUAUACUCUUGCCUGUAUUAAGCAGUGAUCUGUUUUCCCCCUCUUUUCAAAGCUCAUGUGUAAUGGUAUUACAUGUUUUCUGUCAGUCUCACUUGCACAUUAUUAAUUUAGAAAAGGGCCAAAAUAUCUCUAAAAUUAUAAAAAAUAAAAUCCGUUGAAGCAAACCAUCCUCUACAUCGGCACUAAUGCCCGUCAAAAUAAAAGUGGUGCCUUACCAGAACCCGUUAAAGUCCUAGAAGUUCAUCUCGUUUAGGAAAAGGCAGCAUGUGUUAAGUUAGGAACCCUUUUCUAUGUCUCCAAAAUAAAAAAUAAAAAUCUGAGCUGGUAAAUGAAGUCCCCUCACUAUGCUGUCGCCCUCCUGCUGUGUUCGGUGCCAACCUUUUUUAUGCUAAACUAUUUAAAAAGAGGCACUGAUCGUUAGUAGGAUGUUCCCAUUCUAAAUCUGACUGUCACUAAUCUGUGUGAAAUAGAACAAAACUUGUUCACAAGACAUGCUUUUUCUAAACAAUAAAGGCUCAACUUUUACUUUA